AUGUCAUCACCACUAUCAUCGGCAAUGAUAUCCGGCUCCACAUCAUCAUCGUCGUCAUCAUCCCGCAUGCUUCACCGCUUUCAACAUGCAGCUAAACCAGAUGGCUCUCUCACCCUCUUUGUCAUUGGUGACUGGGGACGAAGAGGCACCUACAAUCAAUCUCAACUUGCAUUUCAGAUGGGUAUUGUUGGAAAGGAAUUGGACAUCGAUUUUGUGAUAUCAACGGGCGAUAAUAUUUACCCGAGUGGUUUAAAAGGAACAGAUGAUGCAGCCUUUGACUAUUCAUUCACUCAAAUAUAUACUGCUCCAAGCUUGCAGAAGCUAUGGUACACUGUGCUGGGUAACCAUGAUUACAGGGGAGAUGCUCUGGAGCAGCUGAGUCCUGUUCUUAGACACAUUGAUAAGAGAUGGAUAUGCUUGAGAUCUUAUGUUGUGGAUGCACAGGUAGCUGAGUUUUUCUUUCUUGAUACAACUCCCUUUGUGGACAAGUACUUCACUCAACCUCCACAACAUACAUGUUAUGAUUGGAGAGGAGUAUUGCCUAGAAACCGAUACAUUUCCAAUCUCCUCAGGGACCUUCAUUUCGCUCUCAAACGAUCAAAUGCAAACUGGAAGAUUGUGGUGGGUCACCAUACUAUUCGAAGCGCCGGCUUCCACGGUAACACACUAGAGCUUCAAAACCUUCUUCUCCCUAUUCUUCAGGAAAACAACGUUGAUCUUUACAUAAAUGGACACGAUCACUGCCUACAGCACAUAAGCAGUCUUGAAAGUCCAAUCCAGUUUUUAACUAGCGGUGGUGGGUCAAAGGCAUGGAGGGGUGUCAUGAACUGGUGGAAGCCAGAAGAGAUGAAGUUCUAUUAUGAUCGACAAGGAUUCAUGUCUCUUCAGCUUAUUCAAACUCAAUUACAUAUUGCAUUCUAUGAUGUCUUUGGCAAUGUUCUACACAAAUGGACCACCUCUAAGCACAUUCAUUUUUCAACCGUCUGACCAACUUCAAACAGUGGUUCGUUUGGUUUCAUAUUUACCUACUAAAUAUGUAGUAUUAGUAUAUGUAC